CGUGGUCGCAAGUAGUCAUGAUUCGAACAGUUAUGAAGCCGCAUCUCAUAUUGCUAAUAGUGUUUGUGCUCAAACAUCAAUUAGCACACUCACACAAAUGUGAAAUCCCCGAAAAUGAUGAAUAUGCAAAUUGUGUUGUUUCGAAAAAUCUUAAAGAUUAUAACAUUAAGACGGUUCAAGGCGAAUUCUACAGCUUUAAAUCCGAUUGUUUAUACACUUUAUUAAGUUAUGAAAGCGACGAUGGCGAUCAAAUUUCUAUUAAUUCCGCUAAUUCUAAGGUUGAAAUUGUUGUGGGUGCGAAACAAUACGAGCUAAAAGUUACAGGAAAGAAUCAAUUCGUUUUUGCAACACCAGAUAAAAUACAUAAAUUGCCAGUUAGUGUAGGUAAAAUAGAUGUGUCAAAACCUGGGGUAUAUGCAGUUGCGAAAUUCAAAAAUUUGGGAUUAACCGUAAAAUGGAACGGACAGGAAUCAGUUGUAAUCCAAUUAGAUAAUGCUAAACAAUACGAUUUAUCAGGAAUUUGCUCUAAAGAUUGUUUAGAAAGCACCCCAUCUCUCCGAGAACAAUGGAAAUUAACUGAUAAAUGCGUUGAUGAAGAAUCAGGAAAAUGUUUAACCGUGCAAGAUAGGUCAAAAUCAUUACAAUACUGCCGCACCAUAUUAAGAAACAAAAAAUACAACAAAUGUUUAAAAGCAUUAAACGUCGAUUCAUUUUUAUCAGAAUGCCAAGCAGUAUUUUGCAAUUGCAAAAAACCUAAAGUCGAGAUGUGCAUGUGUGAGUUAUUCGAUAGUUUCAUCAAACAUUGUGAGGCAAGAACCGGAGAAGCAAUAUCAUGGAGGGAGAAAAACUUUUGUGAAAAAAAGUGCAAAAUUCCGAACCAAGUUUACGUCGAAUGUGGGCGUCGACAAAAAGCGUGCGGUGAAGUUGUUGAAAACGAUAAAGAUGAUAAAACUUGUAUUGAAGGCUGUAGAUGUCCGCUAAAUUUGUUCUUAUCAAACCAAAAGUGCAUUACCGCAAAAGAAUGUCCAUGUCGAUAUGAAAAUGUUGAUUAUGCCGCUGGAAGUAAAUCGACUCAAGAUUGUAAUACAUGUGUAUGUAAUGGAAAUGAUGGAUGGGAUUGUACUACGGUAUGUUUAUCUAAAUUAAGAUUAACCUUAAGACCUUAUUUGCUAUCUAAAUAGUCCUACAUCAAAGUC